CUCUGUAUACCAAACCAAAAACCUCUUCUUUUCUUCACUUUUAUGGGUUCCUUUUAAUUGCCUUAAUCAGACCCUUUUUUUAUCCCUUUUAAUUUGAUUUUAAGUGAAGAAUAAGAGUGAUUAAAGGUGGUUUUGUUCUUAAUCAAUGUUGGGUUAUCAACUUGUAAAGUCUACUUCUUGUCAAGAAUCUCUCAAAGUCAUUGAAGCUGAUAUUCAACAUGCUAAUAUGCUGGCUGCUUCCCUUCCUAGAAACAAAAGUGACAAUUGUUUGCAGAUGAAAUUGAUUCAUAAUGACUUGGCCCCACUUGUUCUUUACUUGCUCCAGUGGAUAGAUUGCUCAUGUACAUAUCUGCUUCCGAGCUGCUUGAAUCUUUUCUAUGUAGUUAUAUAUAAGGUAAAUGUGGAUGGCAGACCAAAUAUGUCGUCAUAUGGGAGGAGAGCAACAUUGAGGGAAUUUUAUGCCAUUAUUUUACCCUAUCUUCAGCGACUCCAUGGGAAUUUGUCUGAGCUAGAUGGUGAUGCUUACGUGACCAACAGUUCAGAGCUCACUGUCAAAAGAAUUUCUCAAGAGAGUAAUAAGCUUUCAGACAUUGAUUUAGAAAGAGAAGACGAGUGUGGAAUCUGCUUGGAGCCUUGUACCAAAAUGGUUCUGCCGAAUUGUUGUCAUUCAAUGUGCAUCAACUGCUACCGAGACUGGAACAUAAGAUCAGAAUCCUGCCCAUUUUGCCGGGGUUCAAUAAAGAGAGUUCAAUCGGGCGACCUUUGGGUUCUCACUUGCGGUACUGAUGUAGUAGAUCGAACAACGGUAAUGAAAGAAGAUGUAUUGCAUCUGUAUCUUUAUAUCAACAGUCUGCCAAAGGAUGUUCCUGAUGCUCUCUUCUUAAUGUAUUAUGAGUACUUGAUCUAAUGAAUGCUUUAAAGAUCACGAAUUCUUAAAUGAGACUAUCUCAUGGUGAGAUCAUCUCGAUUUGGUUGAUCUGUGUAUAUUUAGUGUGUUAAAGUGAUCAAUUACAGAAAUGAGCUAAUUAUAUGGGUUAGUCUCAUCGUGAGACGGUCAUCGGUCUUAUAUAAGAUGAGUUGUAACAGGAUGACAUUGUACAGGUAACAGAUUUCAAAAGAAAUGUAAUCCUGAAAAUUGUAAAUAUUGUUGCUUAUGGUUGAUCCACCAAAAUGUAGAAUAAUGUAUGUAUUUGGUUCAGUGCAAGUCAACUUACAGCCUGUAUAUAUUGAUCCUUUGCUGCUGCAAAUGCUUCAAAUGAUGAAAAUUUGAAAUCCGUAGGCUAAAAAAAAAAUUAAUUAAAUAAACUAAAAUUCAAA